AUGGAUAUUACAGGCUUUGCUUUGGUUGUUGGCGGAGGAAGUGGCAUCGGUCGGGAAUGUGCCCUUGCCUUCGCCGAGGAGGGCGCCUCAGGCCUCAUCGUGGCAGACCUCGACUUGCCGUCGGCGACCAAAGUGGCUGCCGAGGCCAACGCCCUCGCCGCCGCGAGAAACACAGGCUUCAGAGCCACCCCCCUCAAGGUCGAUGUCACCAGCGAGGACUCGGUCAACCGGCUUAUGGCUUGCGUCAAAGCCACCUCGGUGCGGCUGGAUUACUGCGUCAACUGCGCGGGCAUCGGCGUCGAGAGGGCGGCUCCCAUCGCCGAGGCGAGCUUGGCAGAGUUCAACCGUUUUCUCGACGUAAAUGUCUCGGGCACGUUUUUGGUAACCCGCGCGGCGUCGUCGAUGAUGGCAGCUCAGGAACCAAUCAAGAACUUGCCAUCACCGGUCCGUGGCGCGAUCGUCAACAUGGGAUCUGCGGCAUCGUUCGUCUCUACGCCACAGAUGGUGCAGUACACCACGUCCAAGCACGCCAUCCUUGGCCUUACCAAGAAUGCCGCUUUAGACAAUGCGGCGUUGGGUAUCCGAGUCAACUGCAUCUGCGCAUCUUGGGUGGACACACCGAUGGUUCGCAAGGCGAUUGAUCAAGUCCCCGAUCUCGAGAAACUUAUCCAGUCGGCGGUUCCCAUGGGCCGAAUGGCGCAUGCCAAAGAAAUUGCCGACUCGGUCAUGUUUCUAUGCAGCCAGCGUUCUAGCUACAUCACCGGCUGUGGGCUUAUUGUGGAUGGGGGGACUACAAUGGCCGCUAAUAAUGAGGGAGGCCCGCCGAAAGGCGCUGAGGGCUACAUCACCGAUGGCUUCCCAGCUGCCGGCCUGCCUCGAACCCAGCGCCACAUCACAGGCCAUGACACCGAAGGCAAGUCUGUGUUUCUGGUUACUGAUUGCGGCUCUCACCAUCGUAAUAUGGGUGACAACCAAGCCGUGGCAAACAUCCUGUACUCAACUAAAGAGACACCCAUUGAGUGUAAUGGCGAUGCCGACAUCAAGUUCGCUGAAGAGACUGAGGCAAGUUAUACCCCAUCCCCUCCACUCCAUUACCCCAAUGGCUCUGUCAUCCGUAUGAUUGACUUUGGACCUGGGAUCGAGUCUCCACUUCACCGAGCCAUCUCGGUCGAUUAUGGUGUCGUAAUCGAAGGAGUUUUUGAGCUCACCCUUGACUCGGGAGAGUCACGUAUCAUGCGCCCAGGGGAUGUCAGCAUUCAGCGAGCUACCUCGCAUAAAUGGAAGAAUAUCACAGGGAAUGGUACAUUGCCUGGCAGAAUGCUUUGGGUGCUUCUUCCAUGCAAUGAUAUAGUCGUCGGUGGGAAGAAGGUGGAGGGAUUUUUGGGGCAUCUAGCAAAGGAAUAUGAAAGGGACUGA